CGGGGCCGGAGCCGGAGCCGGAGCCGGCGCCGGACCGGGGCCCGCGGGCGAUGAAGCUCCGGUGAGGACGGACGCGGGGAGCCCCCUCCCUGCCUCCCUGCCUCCCUGCCUCCCUGCCUCCCUCCCUCCCUGCCUCCGUCCCUCCCUUCCCGUCCCCCGUCGGUGGGCACCGAGCGCUCGGGAGAGCGCCCCGGCCGUGGCGGAUCCGAGCCCAGCCCGCUCCCCCCUCUCGCUCUCUCCGUCGGUGCCCGGGCGCGGGGGAAAGGGGAGGACCGGUUCCCCAGCGCCAGGCCGUGCCCGGCUGCCCCCGCUGCCCCCGCUGCCCCCGCUGCCCCCGCUGCCCCCGCUGCCCCCGCUGCCCCCGCUGCCCCCGCUGCCCCCGGGACCAUGAGCGGGCAGCGCGUGGACGUGAAGGUGGUGAUGCUCGGCAAGGAGUACGUCGGAAAGACCAGCCUGGUGGAGAGAUACGUGCACAACCGUUUCCUCGUGGGGCCCUACCAGAACACCAUCGGGGCAGCGUUCGUGGCCAAAGUGAUGUCCGUGGGAGACCGGACGGUGACCCUGGGCAUCUGGGACACGGCCGGCUCGGAGCGCUACGAAGCCAUGAGCCGCAUCUACUACCGGGGCGCCAAGGCCGCCAUCGUGUGCUACGAUCUGACAGACAGCAGCAGCUUCGAGCGAGCCAAGUUCUGGGUGAAGGAACUGCACAAUCUAGAGGAGGGUUGCCAGAUCUACCUGUGCGGCACCAAGAGUGACCUGCUGGAGGACGACCGCAGGCGGAGACGCGUCGACUUCCACGACGUCCAGGACUUCGCCGACGACAUCAAAGCUCAGCUCUUCGAGACGUCCAGCAAGACGGGGCAGAGCGUAGACGAGCUCUUUCAGAAGGUGGCCGAGGAUUUCGUCAGCGUCGCGGCCUUCCAGGUGAUGACCGAGGACAAGGGCGUCGACCUGAGCCAGAAGGGGAACCCCCACUUCUACAGCUGCUGCCACCACUGAGCUGUCGCCAUCUCUUCCUCCUCCUCCUCCUCCCCCCCACCUCCUCUCCCGGGGCAGGAGGGGCCGGGCCGGGGCCUGCUGGCCCAGAGCCGAGGGCAGGGGCCGGGGGUACCCGCCGGAGCUCGGGGGUCCGCACGGUAUCUAAGUGUCUUCUGACUUGUAAAUAAAAUCACCCAUCGGGACCGGG